GGUUGUCAUAACAAAUGUUAUGAGAACGACAGUGAUAAGUACUUCCAAGGUACUCCCACUAUAGCCGUUGGCAUCCACCUAGAUCGCUACUGCUGCAAUACCCGAACCUUCAAUAGCUUCCCAUGUGAAGGGAGCAAAAAGUGCGUCCAGUAUUGAACGCAUCGUGCCUGGUCGAAAAUGUAAAUCAAAUCAUACGAACGGCGACACUGACGGAGGAGACGCCUUACCUUGUCGAGUGUACGCCGAGUUUGCUGGACCGGAUCGUGCAGAAUCCACAACUUCCCUUCCUCUCUUUCCCCUUCCUGUCCCUCUUCUCGCACUAUGACGUGCUCGCAGUUCAUCACGACACUGUCGAGGACCCCAGUUUCGAGCAAACCACUUGAUACAAUUCAACCGAGAAACGACAUAUCCUCCUUCAAACUGACCAAGGCUUCCUUCCUUUCACACCCCACGACCUCAGCAUUGAAAUUGCAGCCCAAUUAUUUGUACCGCAGGGGUAUUCUAGUUAAGACUUGGUCAGGACAUCUGGAAAGAUGGGCACCAUCGUUCUCAUUGCUGUGCUUUCACGCAAUUGAAGAACCAGUAUGCAUGAUGUGUGGUACCCUGAUAAUACUUCGAUUGUGGUCAUCUGUGCAACCGAUGCGCUGGAAGUGAACAUUAUGAGUAUUGAGCGUCGGUCAGAUACAGGAACGCACAUUGGGAGGUUUCUCUGACGGGAUGGAGUUACAGAGCUUGAGACUCAUAUUGGAGCCCUAGCGUACAGCUUCUAGGGAAUAAACGAGCGAUAGAGAUCACCGUGGACCAGCAGAGUAUUCCCUUUGUCGUUUCCUUGACUCACACUACGCGUGUAUGGUCUGUGCUCAAGCCACAUAUUACUUUUUGUGGCAUAGUAUAAAGAGUGUCUUUCGCCCCAUGCCUUUGCUUCUUCACUCGAUCCUACAGGCCACCCGCAGCAAUGUCCAUCGUUGCACCUUCUCCACCUCCACCCUCCGAAUGCGACUCUUCUGACGAAAUCCCUGACCUAUUAUCUCCAACGCAAUCUAGUGAAUCUGAGACAAACGAAGAAAGUGCCAGGAUUUAUCGCUGUCUAUUUUGUGAGCAUCCCGCUGACACCAAUAUCUGUUCGUCUGAUGGAAGAGUAUUCGGUGCACACUUCUCGCAUUUGAAGCAGUUCACCGGCGGCUUAGGACCACUCUGCGACUCUCCUUUGCGUGAAGCUGGCGAACACUGCCAACUACCGUUUGAUCACAAAGUUGCGGAAUUGAUUCUGGAGUUCUUGCAUCCGAAACGCCCACCUCCAGACGUAUCUGAGUUACGUUUCAACGUUAUCGAGCGAUUGGCAGAAGUGGUGGAGAUGUAUCAGGUAUAUCCCGCGAUGGCUUUUUGUAGGUUCUUUAUGGAGACUCAAGCGGAAGCACAUCCAGUUGCAGUUUUUGCUUAUGCGCUGAAGUAUGAUCACCGAAAGCUAGCCUUACGCUUCCUGGAACGCAAUGCCACCAAUCAAAUCUCCCCAGAGGAAAUGAAGGUUGCUCUUUCAGACCGUACCGACCUUUUUGCUGUUCUUAUGCUAUAUCAAUACAACUUGAUGGCUGAAGCAAGGGAGAUCUUUGUGAACCCUCCGAUCACCUACCAUCCUCCAGGUGGACGACACUGCGCUUUGUGGAGCAAUUUCUACAGCCUUGUUCUUAAAGAACACUUUGGGAAAGAAUUCUCCUUGGUCGACUUUGAUGAUACGCUCGAAAGACUGGUUCAUCUCGUCGAAACGUGCCGAUUUUGUGCUACCAGGGUGAAGCAGUGGAGAGAAGGUGCGGUACGCAAGAUUCAGGAAAGACAAGGUUUCUGGGAGCUUUUGGAUAAACUUAAUGGCAAAGAGAUCGAGAUCAAGGCAGGAAAGCAUGAUGGACACGAUGAAAACGAAAUGUUUUGAAGGAUUUUUUCUGUAAAUAUUCCACGCGAUUGUGACGGUCCCAUCGGCUAUCAUAGAUUUAGUCCGAGUAAACCGAGGGGCUUUACGAAUAUAUCGUUCAAAACGAUAGCAUGUCCGCGUCUCUCUUCUCUUCGCGC